CCAGCCAGCUAUGAAGUUUUUAUGGCGCGUCUCCAUUGCCGUUUGUGAAUUAUGCAUCUUGACAGUUGCAACAGACUUUUCGGAUGCGAUUGAAAAGCCCGAACGGGUCGACGAUCAGUUGAAAGAGGUCGAGGGUAUCGAGGAUGAGGAUCACGACGAGGAGGCGCUGCCAGUGACCUAUCAGGUUAUGGAUGCCAACAUAAAAGUGAAGGAACCCGCGUCAACGGACGAGACUCUUGAGAAUCUCGAUAAAGACUGGGAUAAGAAGAGAGCGAUCAGGGACGUGGCAUACUUCAUUCGCGCACAUAAAUUUCGAGAUUACGAUCGACGUUACUACAGAGAAGUGAGCGAGGUGUCCAGGCAUCUGUACCAAGGAUUUCCAAAGCCAGCCCUGAGGUCUUUACAUUGGGAGGUUCACAAGUUCUGCGUUUCCGGAUUCGACGCUUGUCUCAACUAUGUCGAAAGGAUCGUGAAGCUGACGUCGCUGAGACGAGAAGACGACACCGUGACGGUGAUGCGAGAGAACUCCUGGAACUUGGAAAAUAAUACCGAGGAAAUUCUGGCGACGCAAAAGGACUGUGAAAUGGCCAAGAGACGUGACAAUCGGAGUGCACUUCCGUUCGCAGGACCAAUUGAGCGGUUCCAGUGGCGUACUACGGUCAGCUACUACAUGUGCUGGUACACGAUGCUCGGCAUUCCCGAACUCGCUCUUUUCGGAGAGCCUUGCGACAAUCAUGCAAAUUGCCUCGAUCAAUAUGGGAACAACAAUAGAGAUCCUAGAGCGGACGAUACCACACCGUACGCCUGUGCACUCUACAGCUUCUGUCCAGAUCAUUGUUGUCCCAUAAAGCACAUCUGGUACAUGAAAGACUGCUUUCAGUCUCAGGAGAAUCCUUGCCAUUACGGGAAAAGAGGAGAUGCGUACGAAGCACCAGAACUCUCGCCGGAAGGACGUUGCAUUAUGGUUCGAGAGGACAAUAAAGAUUUCUCUUCGUUGGUAGCAGAUCGAAUAAACGUAACCUGCGAGUGUCAGCAUACGGGGUACGAAUGGUCUUCGAGAUUUGGAUUGUGCGUCGACGUGAACGAAUGCGCCCAGAGCCAGCACAAUUGUUCCGAGGAAGAAGGCGAGACGUGUUUCAAUCUUCCCGGCCGAUUCGCCUGCGUCUGUCGCCUGGGUUACGUUUACAAUGACGAAAAGAAGAGCUGCGUUAAAAGUCCCAGUAUAGAAAAGACAUUGCGCGAUCUCGUGAUCGAGCGUAACGACACUGAAUCGAAGAGCUUGUUUGCCUUGAUCGUUGAAAAGGUUAGCAGGUCAUCCGGUAGUUGCGCCGUCACAGAUAUUGCUUUUCCAUUCGUUUGGCUGGUUGCUUUUAUGCUAUGAUGCAAAGUCUAACGCAAGAAUCGAAAGGAAAAAGUAAUUUCAAAGG